AGUUCUAAUGGAUAUCAUAAGUAAAUUAAAAUUCCAUGAAAUUAUAUCACAGUGUUAUACAUUUACAUAUUAUUCUCUCUAUAUGUUCAGUUGGACGUACCAGAGAUGACGGCGAAAGACGGAAGGACUCUCAUGACCUUGAUUUUACGGCAAUAUUAAGAGAAAACGCGGCAUAUAAAUCCUUUUUAGAUAUAUGCCCGUUAAAAAUACUUGGAGGCGUUGAAGCAGAUAUUACACAAAUUCCAUACCAGGUUGCACUUAGGCAACAGAAUUGGUACGGUGUGUCAUGGUCGUCCUUUUGUGGUGGAUCUUUAAUUACACUGAGAUAUGUACUAACUGCUGCGCAUUGCUUUAUAUUUUCAGAUAAAGGAAAUAUGAAAAAUCUCAAUGACGUAAGAGUCGUUGCUGGGACAAUUGAUAAAUCUGCAAUGAUAAUUCUAUACAAGCCUGCGCAUGAGCACUGGAGGCGCAUACAAUAUUUCUACAAACAUGAACAAUAUAAUCACACGUAUUUAAAACAUGAUUUAGCUAUAUUGCAGGUGUCGAAAGACUUUAUCGUAACAGACACAGUUCAUCCAAUUCGUUUAUAUUCAGAAAAUGAAGACAAAUUACAAGCAAAUGAUUUGUGUCUAGUUUCGGGAUUUGGAUUGAAAGAAGAGAAUAAACCCGCCCGCAAGCUAGAAAUGGUUUGCGUACCUAUACUAUCAAAGAUAUAUUGUGAAUGGUUCUACAGUUCACGAUAUUUGCAUCUCUCUGUUUUGUGCGCUGGGGCACAAGGAAAGGAUUCUUGUCAGGGUGAUUCAGGUGGACCACUUGUUUGUCGAGGUGUUUUAGCUGGAGUCGUCUCUUGGGGUGGAAUCUGCGGAGUGCAUCCUGGAGUCUACACUAGUAUAUCCUAUUACACGUCGGGGCAUAACGUACCAUUUGUGAAAAACUCAUCUUAUACCCUAUACAAUAUUAGCGUUAUAAUAUUUUAUACAAUAUUUUUAAAGAGUUUAAAUUAUGCAUUGAAAGUAUUUUUAUAACAGCGCCACCUAUGGGAAGAUUUGUGAUACUAGUAGACAAUAGCUGAGCGAAAACGUAAUGGAUCUAAGUGAUUUACUUAAUAGUCAACAGAUGGCGCCAAAAUUUACUGUAAUAUGGUAAUUGAUUUCAAAGUAAACACAAAA